UCAAACCAGAUUGCGCUUGCAUUGUGGUGUGUAGCGCUGUUCUGUUCCUGUUUUCUGUGUUGCGAGUCCGUGUCUGUUUCCGAAAUCGUCUCCGUCGCAGGGGGCGAUGUCUUCCGCCGAGACGGAGAUGGAGCCUCUCACGUCGGGGGCGAGCAACCGCAUAAUUCCGCUCCUCAAGGCUCUCAGGGCUUCGCUCAUCUUCGUCUACACCUUCUUCCUCUCCUUCCUCUUCUUCAUCCUCCCCCGCCGCCGCCGCCUCUCCUCAACGGCGGGGCCACCGUCUCCCAAGAAGCAUUUGAGGCGGCGCUGGCUCGUGCGCGAGGAGGAGGACACGUGCCGCCGGAGAGCCUUGGCGCAGGACUACCUGGGAAUGGGUCGCGACGAAGGGUGGUACCGCUGGAGCACUUCCAUUUUCUAUGGGGUUAGAAACAACGCUUUGUUUUGCCGCUCAUGGUUCCCAGUUUCCGAAGAUGUCAAGGGCAUUCUGAUCAUCAUUCAUGGGCUCAAUGAACACAGCGGAAGAUAUGCGGACUUUGCGAGGCAAUUAACAUCAUGCAAAUUUGCUGUCUAUGCAAUGGACUGGAUAGGUCAUGGAGGCAGUGAUGGCUUGCAUGGUUAUGUUCCUUCUCUUGAUCAUGUGGUUGCAGACACAGGGGCUUUCUUAGAAAAGAUCAGAUCGGAUAAUCCUGGGAUACCAUGUUUUCUCUUUGGUCACUCCACUGGAGGAGCUGUGGUCUUGAAAGCGGCUUCCCAUCCUCAUAUUGAAGUAAUGGUGGAAGGAAUUAUAUUAACCUCGCCAGCUUUACGAGUGAAGCCAGCUCAUCCAAUUGUUGGUGCUGUUGCUCCAAUAUUUUCUCUGGUGGCUCCAAGGUUCCAAUUCAAAGGAGCAAACAAAAGGGGCAUUCCAGUUUCGAGGGAUCCAGCAGCGUUGUUGGCGAAGUACACAGAUCCUUUGGUGUACACAGGACCUAUAAGGGUCCGAACUGGUCAUGAAAUACUACGGAUAUCCUCGUACUUAAUGCGAAACUUCAACUCUGUGACUGUGCCAUUCUUUGUUCUGCACGGCACUGCUGACAAGGUAACUGAUCCAAUGGCCUCACAAGAUCUGUAUGACAAAGCAGCUUCAAAGUUCAAAGACAUAAAGCUGUAUGAUGGUUUUUUGCACGACCUUCUGUUUGAGCCUGAGCGUGAAGAGAUUGCUCAGGACAUUAUCAACUGGAUGGAAAAGAGACUAUUCACUAUCUGAAAAUGUAAAAUAAAAAAAGAACAUGAUGUAAUGGUGUUUGAUAUAUAUGAGAACACAAGGGAUGCCAACUUUGAUAAGUGUAGAAAAUUUAAUUCGCCCGGGCAAACGAGGUGGCGGAGGCAGAUAGCAUUAUUAAUCUUUCGUUUUAGGCUGUUUGAUAAAUAUAAAUAUAUGAAUUCUGCGAACAUCUUUGCUUUUUCAA